AUGCCGCUGACCACGGAGUCGUCGCAGAAGGCGUGGGAUGACCUGCGGCGUGAGGCGCGCAAGAUGGAGAGCGAGCUGGACAUCAAGAUAGCCGCCUACGGCAAGCUGUGCUCCAACUACGAGUACGGCUAUUCCAAGGGCGAGAGCGGCAUGGCCACAGACCAGGCACGGCGCCCCGCUGACGCCGCCGCCCCUGCAGCACUGAAGCAGCAACUGCUCCUUGCUCUGCUGCUGCCGCUGCCGCUGCCGCUCUCUCGUCGAUACCGACACCCCACUUGUCUGCUGCAGACCAAGUGCGGGGAGAUAGAGCGGCUGCUGGCGCGGCUGAGCGACGCCAACGACGGUAUGCGCAGCACGCUCAGCGGCGGCGCCGACUCGCGCAGCCACACGCUGGCGCGGCACCGCGACAUCCUUCACGACUUCCAGCAGGCAGGGGCACAGGGAGAGGAGGCACGGGGCGAGUUCCGAAGGCUGCAGAGCAUGGUGGGCGCGGCGCGCGACCGGCUGGACCUGCUGGGCGGCGCCGCCGCCAGCCAGCACGCCGGGCUGCAGAGCCAGGGCAACGCGGGGCUGCUGCUGCGGGAGCGCGGCAUGCUGGCCUCCACCAACGCGGCGCUGGAUGAAGUGAUGGGCACCGCUCAGGCUGUGAGCAGCGGGCUGGGCCAGCAGCGCGGCAUGUUUGAGGGCAUCUCUGGGAAGAUGAGCAGCCUGGGGAACAAGUUCCCUGUGGUCAACACCCUGAUGAACGCCAUCCGUCGCCGCAAGAACCGGGACAAUCUGAUACUGGCGGCGGUGGUGGCAGCCUGCACGCUGUUCAUCCUUGUGUACUGGUGGAACAAGUGA